AUGGUCCCUAAAACCCCCCCGCGAUGGUCCCUAAAAUACUUGGACGUGGACUUGGCGAUGGUCGCUGCCAUCGCCAAGUCCUGGGAAGUUCCCCCUGAGGAAGGCGACGUUGAGAAGGAGGCGGAGUGGUUCCGGGAGGCGAUGUCGCAGUUUUGCGACGUCGCCAUGCCCCGGCGCCGUGUGGGCGGACCUCCAAAAAAGAAGGCCGUGUACUGGUGGACGCCGGAGAUUGCAUCUCUUAGACAGGAGUGCAACUUCGCGCGUCGCCAGUACACGAGGAACAAGCUCCGACAAGCGGCGUCCCCUACAACGGAAUCGCUCGAUCCGGGGCUCUUUAGAGAGGUUGUUGCCGCCCUCUUCCCGACGGAGCCGGAAGAAGAGGCCCGCCCCCGAGAGGACCCGGCCCUGGUCAGGGAACGCACUCAGUGGUCUGAUGACCUGAGGGUCACCGAGGAGGAACUGGCCAGGGCCGUAAAACGCAUGAGGAGGAAAAAUGCUGCCCCCGAGCCCGAUGGGGUACCGGGGCGCGUGUGGGCUAUUGCCCUCAGCGUGUUGGGGGACCGCCUCAGGCACCUUUUUGACAGAUGCCUGCAGCUGGGGCGGUUCCCCACACCAUGGAAGGAAGCCGGGCUCGUCCUUAUCCCCAAACAGGGGAAGCCCGCGGAUGACCCCUCUGCCCACCGGCCUAUCUGUCUGAUAGGCGAGGUGGGCAAGCUGUUCCAGAGGAUCAUAGCGUCUCGCCUCGCGACGCACAUGUCAACGGUGAGCCCGACUUGGAGUCGCCAUACCCAGUAUGGCUUAUACAUAUCGGCCGGGGAGAUCGACCGUUGGAGCGAUCCAACGGUUGAAAUUCCUGGUCGAUCGCGCGGUGAACCGGGGCAGGGUGGUGUUGGCGAUAAGCUUAGAUAUUGCCAACGCUUUCAACACCCUGCCCUGGGAAAAGAUUAG